AUGAUUUCUGAAAGCAGCUCCUUCGUGAAGGGGGUGGUGCUAGGAGGAGCCUUCUGCAUGGUGGUUACGCUCCUCGGACAUAUUAAGGUGGGCCACGGGACUAAAGCGCAUCACCACGAGCACCACCACAUCCAGGCUCCCAACAAAGAAGAUGUCUUGAACCUUUCGGAAGGUGAACGCGUGGAGCUUAGUAAAAGUAUCCGCAUUUAUUGUAUCAUCCUUGUGAAGCCGAAAGAUCUGGGGCACUGGGCUGCAGUGAGAGAGACAUGGAGCAAGCACUGCGACAAGGUGGAAUUCUACAGCUCUGAAAACGUCAAGGUGUUUGAUUCCGUAGCCCUCAACACCAACGACAUGUGGGUGAUGAUGAGAAAAGCUUACAAGAUAACGUAUGAACGCUAUAAAGAUGAGUUCAGCUGGUUCUUCCUUGCAUAUCCGACAACAUUUGCUAUUAUUGAAAACCUCAAGUAUUUCCUACUGAAAAAAGACCCCUCGCAGCCUUUUUACAUAGGCCAUACUGUGACAUCUGGUGACCUUGAGUACGUUAAUGGUGAGGGAGGAAUCGUCUUAAGCAUUGAAUCCCUAAGACGACUCUCCCGUGUUCUCGAAGACUCUGACAAGUGUCCGGAGCAGGGAGGUAUGAUUUGGAAACUUGCUGAGGAUAAACAGCUAGCGAUCUGCCUGAAGUACACCGGAGUGUUUGCUGAGAAUGCGGAAGAUUCCGAAGGGAAGGACGUCUUUAACACCAAAUCAGUCAGUGCGCUCAUUCAGGAAGCCAUGGCUACUCACCCUCAGCAGGUGGUGGACGGCUGCUGCUCUGACACGGCCAUCACCUUCAGCGGCCUGACCCCGAACCACAUGCACGUGAUGAUGUACGGCGUGUACCGGCUGAGGCCCUACGGCCACACGUACAACGACGCGCUCGUCUUCUUGCCGCCUGCGGGCUCAGACAAUGACUGA